GUCCUUGGAGCUGCUGCCUUAAGACGUGCAGCCCGGGCCGUGGCUGCCACUGUGUUCUGACCCAGACCCACUGCAGGCAGCAGCAUGGAGCUUUGGGGGGCCUACCUGCUUCUGUGCCUCUUCUCCCUCCUGGCCCAAGUCACUGCCGAGCCACCAACCGUCAAGGUCAAGAAGGCAGCAAAUGUCAAGAAAGAUGUUGUGAACCCAAAGAUGUUUGAGGAGCUCAAGAGCCAGCUGGACAGCCUGGCCCAGGAGGUGGCCCUGCUGAAGGAGCAGCAGGCCCUGCAGACAGUCUGCCUGAAGGGCACCAAGGUGCACAUGAAGUGCUUUCUGGCCUUCACCCAGACGAAGACUUUCCACGACGCAAGCGAGGACUGCAUCUCGCGCGGGGGCACCCUGGGCACCCCGCAGACGGGCUCGGAGAACGACGCCCUGUACGAGUACCUGCGCCAGAGCGUGGGCAACGAGGCCGAGAUCUGGCUGGGCCUCAACGACAUGGCGACGGAGGGCUCCUGGGUGGACAUGACCGGAGGCCGCAUCGCCUACAAGAACUGGGAGACGGAGAUCACCGCGCAGCCCGACGGCGGCAAGGCCGAGAACUGCGCCGUCCUGUCCGGCGCGGCCAACGGCAAGUGGUUCGACAAGCGCUGCCGCGACCAGCUGCCCUACAUCUGCCAGUUCGCCAUCGUGUAGCCCGCGGGCGGGGGCGGGGAGCCCUUGCAGCCCGGAGCCCCUCCGUGCGCUUGGAGCCGCCUUUUGCAAAUAAAGUUGGUGCACCUUCGGGCCGCAGUGG